GAAAAUCACACACACACGCACACACGAAGAAGAAGAAGAAGAAGCACGCACGAAGAUGUCGGACCAGAAGCAGCAGAAGCGCGAGCGCAAACACAUCCUCGACUUGGAGAAGUACGUGGACAAGAAGCUUCGCGUCAAGUUCAGUGGCGGCCGCGAAGUUGUCGGUGUGUUGCAGGGAUAUGAUCCGUUGUCAAACCUCGUGCUGAGCGACACCAUCGAGUUCCUUCGCGAUCCCAGCGACCUGAGCAAGAUCACAGACAAGACGCGGACACUCGGGCUGUGUGUGUGCAGACACGUGAGCAUCGUCAUGAUUGCGCCAGAGGAAGGCAUGACAGAGACAGAGAACCCGUUUGCUGUCCCGGACACAGACGAGUCGUAGGCCUCGCGUGUGCUGUGCUUGUCUUGUGCUGUGUUGCGUUUCUACUGUGUGUCUGUUGUGUUGCGUCGGAUCGUGCUGGUAUGUUGUGUGUUGUGUGUUGUGUUUGACUGUGUGCAACCAACCUUGUGUGGGCAGGCUCUGUGUGUGCGUGUGCGUGUCUGCCAUGGUGUGACUGUGUGUGGUGCGUGGUUGUUUCAUAGAGUGUGUCUCCGUCCUUGUGUCUCUGCUCUGGUUCGCUGUAUGUCGCAUGCCUCACGAGAACAGAGCGCAUGUGUCUAAACGGUUCGCCUUGAGUGUGUGUCGCAUACUCUCUGUUUCCUUGAUCUGGCGCUCAAUCAUCAACAGAUAACAGGACCACA